GAAUAGAAAGAAUACUGCUACUCCAUGUAACUCAGUCUUAGUCUCAAUCUCAGAGCUGAAGUACCUAAAAAUAACGAUUCCUCGGCGGUGCAAUCGUUCGAGUCCACCGCCAUACACACCGAAUCAAUUUCUUCGGAGAUCAAUUUCCCCUUUUCCGUUUUGGAUUUUCUUGCGUUGCCUAAUUUCUCGGCAACCAAACAGCUUCUACAACUUCCAUUUCCAUUCCGUUGAUUUUGCCGCAUCUCCGAUCAUGGAAGCUCCUGACAACUCAGAAGCCACCGUUCCAUAUAAUUCUCCAAAACUAGCUGGAACAGUUAACUGGGGCACGGCAACUGUCGUUGGAGUAUUUGCAGGCAUGUUAUAUGGCGGUAGCAAGGAGGCAGCUGCUUCUGUUAGCAAGGAUGCAGAAGUUAUGUUGAAACUUGGGAGCACAGAAGACAAGCGUGAGCAAUAUCGAUUGAUGAGAGAUGCAAUGGAGAAACGAUUCAUUCGAGUUACACGGGGCUCAAUAGUUGGAGGGGUACGCCUAGGAAUAUUCACUGCUGCAUUUUAUUGCUUACAAAAUCUGCUUGCAGAGAAGAGAGGUGUUCAUGAUGUUUUUAAUGUUGUUGGAGCUGGAUCAGCCACUGCUUCAGCUUUUGGUUUAAUCAUGCCAGGAUCACUCCGUUGGCGAGCAAGGAAUAUGGCACUAGGGUCGGUGCUGGGAGCAGCAUUUUGCUUUCCUCUUGGUUGGAUCCAUCUGAAGCUGGUAGAAAUGGCUAAUGAAGGUAAUCCAGCUGCACAUCCACACUCAGAUCAGAGACAAGUGAAGAGUGGGGUUAGUGCUGCAAUUGAGAGGCUUGAAGGAAAUUUAAGUAAAUGAAAAGCUACUGUUAGGUGUGAUACCCCUCUCACGGCUAGUACGCUUUGUCAUUUUUAUUUUCUCAGAGAAGUGGGGUAACUUUGAGUUAAGGGAGUUGAUGGCGUUUGCCCUUUUUACUGGAAGAAGUGAUAAUUCAAUAAUUUAGUUGAACGUGUUACUUAAGUUUUUUAAUGUUUAUUGCGCAAUAUGGGAUUCAGCUAUGAUGCUUUCAGUCUAGGUGGUUUGUAGUAUGCAUAUUCUUAAAGUGCUAAUGACUUUGGAUUUCAAUUAUUCUAGUAGCUCAGAGCCGAAAAAAUAAAAUAUUUUAGUGGUGGUAGUAUCACAGUACGAGUCAACUUAUCCAGACAAUCUAAGCCAGGCAUUCUGGAAAAGCUAAAAUCAAUGGAAGAGCUGAUUGGGCUACUUAACCUGUUAUCAAUGGAAGAACGUUGCAGAUUAAUAGCGUCAAGCCUUGCUCAUUCUAGCUUAGUUAUGACUUCGGAGAACAUUACAGAAGAAAUAAGAGUGAGGGGAAUUACGGGUAGCUCCUUUUAGUGAGGGGAGCCACCUAGGCAGUUUUGUAUUCAAUACCCUUGUAGCAGCUCUGCUCUGGGUUUUCUUAUGAAAUACACUGUCCUCAUAAAUAGCACUAUUCUAUUCUAUAAUCAUCUUUUACUUGUCUCUGA